AAAUCAUCAAACUCUCUCUCUUUCUCUUUCUCUGUCUCUGCCUUUUUCUUUUUUGAAAAAACAAAAAUUUAAUAUAUAAACCCAUUUUUGAAAACGGGAGAUACAGUUUGUUUUUCAAAAUUAUCGAAAAUGAGUUGCAGCAGUGGUAGUGAACUUCAUUCUCUACCUUUUCUCAAUUCCUCACCCUUGGGUUUUGCAAUUAUGGAGGGCGCCGCCGCCGUCAUUGAUCCGUGUUUCUCACCCGCGAUUUCCACCGGUUAUUUAGAAGAUGCGUUGGUUGAAUACACUUCAAAACGACGGCGUUUGGAUGAUCAUGAUCAACAUCAUUUUUUUCAUUUUCAAUUCCCACAAACCUCUUAUGAUUAUUGGAACAACCAAAUUGAUGAUAUUAAUAAUGAUUAUUAUUAUUAUUAUAAUUACCACGCCAUUUCUACAGAUGAGGGAAUAAGCAGUUCGCCCAAAAGCAGAUUGAGUAAUGAGGAAACGAGUAUGGAGGAUAUGAUGAAAACGCAAGAUGUGGAGACCUAUUCGACUCCAAAUUAUUAUUAUGAACAUCCCCAUCCUCAUCACCAUCACCAUCAUCCAAAUUCUUCUUCUUCAUCUUCUUCUAAAUCACACAAAUUUGAGGCUGAUCAAAAAUCCAUUUUCUCCAUGUCCACCAACCUCCCUAUUUCAACAGGUGAUGGUGAAAUUGAGCCAAAGAAGGCAAAGAAGAGGAAGGUGGUGUAUCCAUUUGCAUUAGUGAAGCCAGGAGGUGUAGAAGGUGAUAUGACCUUAAACGACAUAAACCAAAAGAUUUUAAUGCCUCCAACACGCCCGGUUCGACACCCGGUCGGGGAUUUUGCAUGUCGACCAUGCGUGUCUGCUGAUGGACCGGGCCUAUCGGGCAAAGCUGUGGUCGCAUUGACCAAAAUUCAUACCCAAGGAAGGAGAGGCACCAUCACCAUUAUUAGAACCAAGGGCUAAUACUGAUAGUUAACCCUAAAUAUGUAUUACUAUUUCAAAUUAGUCUUUUAGAUUGUUCUAAAACUUUUAUCAAUUGGCUUUGGCCUCCUUGAAUUGUACAGAGGGAGAGAGGGGAAAAUGGAUGUAAUAUAAUUAGCAUCGGGAGACGAAGGGGAAAAAAGAGGUCAAUCACUUUGUACUUGUAUCAUAGUUUUCUAUUAAAGAAAACCUAAGUAAUUACUAAAGUUUCAUUUACUAA